AUGCCUUGCUGCUUCGCGACCCUCCACUUCCGGCAAUGUCGCCACUCCAUGCUGUUCAAGCUUGGCUGCAGCAAGCCGGAAUGCACCGAUAUAUGCCCAAAUAAACGACGCCAGUUCCUCCUUCAGACGGAAUACAUGUGGCGGUGCGAGGACUGCGUCGAGUUCCAGUACAAGCAGGAGUCAGACCUCCGGGCCGCCAAGUGGGACGCAUACCACGCGAGACUCAGAACCACCAUAGGCAUGUCCCCAGAAAGCCGGAGCUCGCUCACCAUGACGGCGAGGAACAAGGAGACCCGCGAAGAGGUCGCCGAGGACCAGCACAGAAGCAGCUGCGUCGAGGAGGUCCAGCGCGUCGUCGACUGGGUUGAGGAGUACGGCGGCCUGGUGUGGGAUCUCGUCUAUGGGCAUAAGCGCGACUUCGAGGCGUCGAAGAACCGCCUCCAGUUCCUGAGAGCUGCCAAGUACUGGGAUCUGGUUAUCGUUCUCGACUAUGUGAGGAAGCCGCAAGAACCGUGGGACAACGAGAACUUCCCACCUUGUAUCGAGGAACUGAUCCAAGCAGGGCGGAUAAGACCAGCUAGAAGGGCAGCCGUCCCCGAAACCCCUAGAAGCGCCGGAAGACCCUCGGCUCUUCCGGCUUUUGUGUCGUUUCAGCCAGGGAUGUGCAGGACGGCCGUCAUAGACGAGGCGGCGGAACUAACCCAGAGGAUGACCGGUAUUGCCCUUCACGGCCUCGGAGCAAGCUCCGGCCUCGCCUCCGGAUCAAGCUCUGACGUCGAGCCGGUGGCUACCCGGAAUAUUUCCCCGGACGAUAGGAUUCCCAGGUCAUUCGGGACAGAGAUGUGCACACCUUACGAAGCUCACACAUUCAAUUAUAACGUGAACGUGGUGGUGAAAGAUGCCGAUGCUUCGGAAACUCCGAGCACGCAGCGCGCUUCAUGUUCUAUAUAUAAAACGACACCAGAAGCAGGGCUCCAAGAGGACGAUAAAGAUGAGGAUGAAGAAGAGCCCAACCACAUCUGG